GCUAACUCUCUGGGGGGGUUCACGUGGGAGAUGGAAGACUUGAGGUUUAUGAGAACGAGCAAACAAAAGCGUGGACAUUUCUUACGUCUUGUGUGACAAAUUUGUUUUCUGAUGGUGGUCACGCUUGAUGUUACAGAUCUAAUUCUAGUUGGAAAGAAAAGGCUACUGAGUUACUCAAAUUUUUAACUUUCCUGUAGAAAUAAGUAGUAUGCCUGGGUUAAUAUAAUGUCACUGUAAAAUAUUAUAAACCAUUGUGGGUUCUCUUUGUCUUGAUGGUUUUCUGGAAGACAGGCUGUAGUCAAACACGGGUUUCUGUUAUAGAGCGAGUGGUGAAGCUGUGGUGGCUUGCAUUCAUGUCCUAGUGCUCUAAUCGUCCCUUUGGGGCUCAAAAUCCCCGACUCUGUUGGUCUGUUAGCCGUGAUAACCGUUUUUAUAAUUGACUAUUUACUCAGCUAUGUCUCUCGUGGCAGUUUAGCCAUCUGUAAACUUGAUUAAAAAGCCACACUUCAUGUGAGGGGACAAUGUGCGGGUUCCCUGUGCGCACACUCGCUCGCUGCCUGGGUCGGCACCUCCCAGCAAUGUCCUCGGCAGUGCCACCGAUAGCUGUCACCCGUGGGCUCCACACCCCUUCGGGAGGAGACUCCGAAGGCUGAACUCCCAGGUUGUCACUUUUUAAGAUGUAUUUCUGCAUCCUUCUUUGGGUGAACACCCUUCAUGAGAGAUUACCUUCCUCUGACCCGAUAGCAGAGCUGAUCUUGUCAUGGCUUUAUCAUCCCUUUAAGCACAAAGGAGACAGAUUAUAUCGCUCUGCUGCAGAAGCGCAUCUCUGCUCGCCAGCCUCGACCGCAGCGGAGCGGGGUUCAAUGGUGCGGUGGGGCAGAGCUGAGCGGGGAGAGUCGAGGCAAGCAGAGACGUGAGAGUUAAGGGGGAAAAAGUUUGGAUCUAAACCCUUGGCUGUUGAAUCUGAGAUGUUCACGGGAGAAGCUGAUUGUGCACCACCGGGCUGUGAAGCUCCCUGCCAGGGAAGCACCUGCUUGAAGGUGCCGGGGGUUGGUGUAUGGGAACAGCCCUCGCUGCGUGCGUGUGCCUCGCACCCCCGGGCAGCUCGCAGCUCCGUGUGGGGCGCUGGUCUCACAACGGCUGAGGAGUUACAGCGCUAAACAAAAAAGGGCGAUGUAGAAAGAUCUUUGUUUCCCUGAGCCAUCCCGUUUUGACUGCAACCUCAUUACAGUGGUGAAUGGGAAGAUCGUGCCCAGCUCAGGUGGGAAAAGGUGCAGGCUCACCACGGCCGGGGUGAAACGUGCCAUUUGGCGAGGAGGAGAGGUCCCCCAGCUCCGAUACCUGUCGUUAGAUGCCAGCUCGGUUUUGCCAAAAGGCUCUGGGUGGUUUGGCCGAGGGCAGGGCUGUGACAAGUGGGGUGCAGGGGAGCAAAGCCCUCUUGCGGCCACUGCAGCCUUGUCCCCACAGGGGGGUUCCAGUUGCCUGCACUGUAAGAUAAAUGGACUUUUUUUCUCCCUGCUGCGCAUUGGGAACGAGGAUAACGCACUAAGAGCCAUGGCAUGUAAAGACAUACACGGGAUUAGCUGGAGUACAGCCACGGAUCUGAGCGCUGGGAAACCCAGGUCUUUUUGGUAGGCUUGCUGCGGCUGGACCCAGGCCAGGGUUGCAGGUUACUGAGGGCGUUAUUUAUGCCACAAUAACGAUGGAUGGUGAAGCCGUUAGUAGCUCCUACGAAUCUUACGAUGAAGAAGAGAGCAGCAAAGGCAAGUCAGCAACCCAUCAGUGGCCAUCCACGGAGGCCACCAUCGAGCUGAUGAAGGAUGCCCGCAUCUGUGCCUUCCUCUGGAGGAAGAAGUGGCUGGGACAGUGGGCAAAACAGCUGUGUGUUAUCAAGGACACCAGGUUGCUGUGCUACAAGAGCUCCAAAGACCACAGCCCUCAGCUCGACGUGAAUUUGCUGGGCUGCACUGUCAUUCACAAGGAAAAGCAAGUGAGGAAGAAGGAGCACAAGCUGAAGAUCAUCCCCAUGAACGCCGACGUCAUUGUGCUGGGGCUGCAGAGCAAAGACCAGGCAGAGCAGUGGCUCAGGGUAAUCCAGGAGACGAGUGGUCUGCUCUGCGAAGGAGGCAGUGAAGGCAACCAGUACAUCCCAGACUCGCAGCGUCUCAGUUACCCAAAGGUGGAGGUAUCCGAGAGGUACUCUGCAGCCUCUGAGAGUGGGAGCAGCACGGAUGGGCACCCAGAGAUGGCAGAGAUCAAAGAUGUUAAGAAGAAGGGCACAACCGGCCUGAAACUGAGCAACCUGAUGAACCUCGGGAGGAAAAAAUCCAGUUCCCUGGAUAGCCCAGAGAGAUCCCUGGAGACUUCCAGUUACCUGAACGUGCUAGUGAACAGCCAGUGGAAGUCCCGCUGGUGUCAGAUAAAAGACGGUCACCUCCAUUUCUACCAGGACAAGAACCGAAGCAAACUGGCUCAGCAGCCCCUGAGUUUGGCAGGUUGUGAAGUUAUCCCAGAGCCAAGCCCUGAUCAUCUCUACUCCUUCCGUAUCCUGCACAACGGGGAAGAACGGGUCAUUCUGGAGGCGAAGUCCUCGGAGGAAAUGGGGCACUGGCUGGGCCUCCUCUUGUCGGAGUCAGGUUCGAAAACAGACCCAGAGGAAUUUACCUAUGAUUACGUGGAUGCUGACCGGGUCUCCUGCAUCGUGAGCGCUGCCAAGAACUCUUUCUUCUUAAUGCAGAGGAAGUACUCUGAGCCCAACGCCUACAUCGACAACCUGCCAAAGGGCAGGAUGCAGCAGGAGGAGCUGUACGACGACGUGGAUCUGCCGGACCUGCCUGCGGAAGAAGUACCCAAGAAUGAGAGCAAAGUGGAGGGGGACCAAGACAGAGUGUACCUGGAUCUCACCCCAGUGAAGUCCUUCCUACACUGUGCUGGCAAGAAGUCAUGCCAGCCUUCACCCCUCAGCUCACCCACUUUAGAAAGGGCCGCCAAUAAGUCUGCAGCAGAGAGCACACCCGAGACAGCCCUCAUGGCUAAGGAAGCUGAGCCCUGUAGCAAGGCGAUGGAGACCUCGGAGCAGAAACCCCCAGAGAAGUCAGAGCCCGACGAGGGGCCGCCACGGAUGCCCAGCGUCAAAAUCCAGACCCAGCAGCAGAACAUCGCCUUCCCCCAGCCAGCCUCCGAGCUGCCAACAGGCACAGUGACCACAGGCAGUCCCCAGCUGGUGCCCGCGCACCGGCCCAAGAUGCCACUGCCGGCGGCAGCAGUGGAAACCAAGCUGGGCAAGAACAGGACGGAGGCGGAGGUGAAGAGGUUCACAGAGGAGAAGGAGCGGCUGGAGAAGGAGAAGGAUGAAAUCCGGGCUCAGCUCACCCAGCUGCGCAAGGAGAGGCGGGAGCUGAAGGAACUGCUUGGGGGCAGCACAGACAAGAGCCUGGAGCAGAGGCUGAAGGAGAUAGAAGAGGAGUGCAAAAGGAAGGAGAGCCGGAGGGUGGACCUGGAGCUCAGCCUGGUGGAGGUGAAGGAGAACCUGAAGAAGGCAGAGUCCGGCCCGGUGACGCUGGGCACGGCCGUGGACACCACGCACCUGGAGAACGCAGCCCCCCGGGUAUGUGGGGGGCACCCCCGGGCCGCACAGCAGCUUCCCUGUAGCCAGAUUCAGGCAAAAAGUGCCAGUCCAGCAAGUAGUGCAGAGAAUUCACCAGUCAAUUCAGCAACAGCUUUAAAAAACCGGCCUUUGUCCGUCAUGGUGACAGGGAAAGGAACAGUCCUACAGAAAGCUAAGGAAUGGGAGAAGAAGGGAGCUAGUUAGAACCACGUUUUUCAGAGAUGGACUAAAGACUGGAAUUGCCCAUGCGUGGCCAAGGGGAUUCAAUCAUCUGCAGGUGGAGGUUGGGUGUGCAACACAACCACACACCAAGCGCCUCCUCCAUGUCGCGCCAACUGCUCAGACGCAGCAAUGGAGUCAACAGCUGCCGAUAUGAAUUAUCCCAAACGAUCUUGCUCUUUCCAGACAAGUCCCAAUCGCGUAGCUAAACCAAUAACAACCAGUGGCAAUCCUUGCAACAAAUUCCUAACCCAGUUGAUGUAAACAAGAAUGUUACUGUACAUAGGGGUGUUUUGUGUAUUUCUACUCUGAAGGUUUAUCAAUGAGUUAUUAAGGUUUCUAUAUUAGUGACAGUAGUGGGUUCAGAAGGGGCCGCCGCUAUUCUUUAUAUCCUGGUGGGUUUCAGCCUGUUGUGGCAAAUUGCAGUCAACUAAAGUCUCGCCUGUCUUGCUGCCAGUCAUCACUCAGCUGCAGAUCAUCCAGCCUUCAGUCGAGGGCGAUACCCACGCCUGAGCGAUGCUUGAGACAUGAAUGAGAAGCACACAGCAACCUGUCCAGGGGAUUUUCAGUCUGUGUCCCGAUGCAUCCCAGCAUGUGCUUACUCCUACCAGCCUACUGCAGAUUUGACAGAAUAUCAAGAAAGAUCCCUGCUCACCUUCUUGUGGUGUCAGCUCUGCUACAGACUGGUGGCACCAAGACCGCUGGUCAAAGAAGAUCUGCCAAGCAGAUUCAGUUAAUUUUCUUGAAGAUCUUGAUCUACGUCACCUGAGGAGUUUGUUCUGGGAAAAAAAAAAAACCAACAAACCAUCGUAUUUGAAUGCUUGUUAAUAAUUUAUCAAAGGCCCAGACCUGCUCAUCUGUUAGAUGGGGAAGCUGGAUCCCAAUGCACCCAUUGGGGCUCGCCUUUUCCCAGGAGACGGGAGGUAAAGCCAUCCCUGUGGCUCCUGCCCUGGCUGUGACCACCACUUUGCUGAUCCUCUCUGGUCCCCACAGAGCCAUGGCAGGCCAAGCCAACCCCACAGCUGUACAAUCUGCUGAAGACAUCCCCACGUGAAAGAGGCCCCUCCACCUGGGCAGGGCUCUCCUCUAGGCCCAGCAGGCGAGGUUGCACCACCAUCUCUGGACGGCUACUGGCCAUCUUGGUGCUGCCACCCUUAUUUCCAAACUAUUAAUACAGCCUUUGGGCCCUGGCAGUGUGACCCAUAAAGCCCACCCCUCUCUGUCCUCACUGAGCUUUCUAAUGAAAGAUGUUGGACAUUUGGGACAGCUAAACUUAAAAACAUUGAAAUCUGAAGGGAUGUAGGGAGGUUGUCACAAAUCCAUGUACCCUCUCCUCCCUGUAACCUGCUGGAGAUACCUCGAAUGGUCCUUCAGCCCUGGAGCCCAGGCUCAGUAACUGGGUUCGCUGUGUGGGUUGGGUUGGCAAAGCUCAAGCAGCGCUGGGACCCUGGUGAGGUUUUUCCUGGGGUCCUGCAGCUACACCAACGAGCAUCACGCAGAGCUGAGGUAAACACAGACAGGCAAAACGUACCUUCCUAGCCCUUGAAAACCUUUCACAAGCUGGAGGCCACCUCUAAAGGUAUGAUCCUUCUGCACACAAAGGCCCAACAGCCCAAGGUGGGGUUUGCACAGGGCUGUGACACCGGGCUGUGGUGGUAGCACUGGGGUGAGUGAGGAUGUGCUGCCGAGGGGGCUCUUGGCUUGCUCACCACCACCACCACAGAGCUGGGGUGCAACAAAGUGCUUGGUCAGGGUAGAAAAGAAAGGUGCGCCUUUGGGUUUUUUUUUACUUUUAAGGUCUCUGCUGCAGUGCAGAUGGAGGAAUUUGCUAAUCCCAGGCCUCAAGAGGAGUUCAUCAACCCUGGCUGUCAGGCCUGUCCCUGUACAGGGUUUGCACUUAGGAAAAACUCAUGCAAAUAAACCACUGAAACUUCUGGCUCAGGACCCAGGGGCCUUUACUCUCCAAAGCACAGGGAGGCCAUGGACACCAUGAAGCUUUUGUUUUGCCCCAUCAUGAGCUGGCAGGAGACCCUCUCUACACCCUAAAUAUAUGUGUAAUGUCAUGCCCUCACCACACACACUGCUGUCGUCCUCCAGGAGUUGUCCAGACAUUUCACAGUGGUACUGAGACAGCGAUGGACGAGAGCGGCUCUGCUUUUGGCUCCACAGCCCGGUCAGCUUUGGUGGUCCUGCUGGGAUGUCUCCAUCAGGGGGUGGUAAAUGUAGGCAAAUUCUGAGCAACACACAUUCCCCAGACAAGAACCGUUAAACAAUGUCUCUGUGUCCCCAUUGUUUUCCUAACUCAAGGCAUUUCCUUUGUUGUAACUGUGACCUAUAAAGUGGCGCUUUAGAGGGUUUUAUAAUAAAAUGUUGAGUAUAUGAUGUUA